AUGGCGUCCAACAACACCCCGGCUCCGGCUGUACCUGCUCCAGCUCACAUCCCCGAGUCUGAGAAGCAAACGCAGUAUGCCUCCAUCAUCCCAGAAGACCGUGGGGAAGGUCGCCUAGAUCUCCAACGCACCAUCUCCAGCCAUGCAGACAUGGCAGACGUGGGCUACAUUGCCACAGGUGACGCGGAUGAAAUCUACAACCGCUUUUCCGGACGCCGCAAGGCCAUCAUUGUAGCCGUCGUAUCCUUCUGUAGCUUCUUGGCUCCUAUAUCAUCCACCACGGUCUUGUCCGCGGUUCCUGAGGUAGCAGCUACAUUCAAUACAGAUGGUUCGAUUAUCAACGUCUCGAACGCUUUGUACAUGCUGUUUAUGGGACUGAGCCCGUGCUUCUAUGGACCCGCCACGCUCUUCACGGGCUUCAGCAUUGGAACAGCCCUAGCACCAAACCUUGCGAGCUUCUUCGUCUUUAGGAUAUUGACAGCUUUUCAAGGCACUGCCUUCUUGGUUAUCGGUAGUGCAGUCAUUGGAGACAUCUACAAACCGUACCAUGGUGCACAAUCGGGAUAUUACACUGUAGCAGUAUACCCAGAAGGAUAUGUUGUAUGUCUCAACUUUGAACUAACAUACCCCCAGACCGAGCGCUCGACAGCGCUUGGAUGGUUCUUGAGCGGUACACUCAUUGGGCCAGCCUUGGGCCCAUUCAUCGGCGGUAUCAUCGUAACGUUCCGAAGCUGGCGAGACAUCUUCUGGCUCCAAACAGCUCUGGCCGGCGCAGCUACCGCCUUCUGCUUCUUCCUGCAGCCCGAAACCAUCCACAAAAAACGUGCCACCGAGCUAGAAGGCCUCCCUCGGACGCAGAAAGCAAAGAAGAUGUGGCAAUGGCUGAAUCCAUUCCGCGUCAUUGUGCUGUACCGAUACCCAAACCUGCUUCUCACAGCACUCGCAUCCUCCUCCCUAGUCUGGAACAUGUACUCCCUCCUCACACCCAUCCGCUACGUGCUCAAUCCCCGCUUCCAACUGACAUCGCCCCUGCAAUCUGGGCUCUUCUACAUCGCACCCGGCUGCGGCUACCUGUUUGGAACCUUCUUCGGCGGCCGCUAUGCCGACCACAUUGUCAAGAAGUAUAUCCGCAAGCGCGGCAAACGCAUCGCUGAAGACCGGCUACGCAGCUGUGUUUUAUUCCUCGGCGGCGUGAUCCCGGCUUGCAUGAUCAUCUAUGGCUGGAGCAUUGAGAAAGAGGUGGGCGGCGUUGCAUUGCCGGUGCUCAUGAUGUUUCUUCAGGGUGUUGCGCAGUUGUUUUGUUUUCCUAGUUUGAAUGUCUACUGCCUUGAUGUUAUGCAGGAGAGGAGUGCUGAGGUCAUUGCGGGCAAUUACUUCAUGCGCUACAUGUUCGCGGCGGGUGGUUCAGCUAUCGUGCUUCCAGCCAUCAGAGGCGUCGGAGUGGGAUGGUUCUCGACGAUUAGUGCGUUGUUUCUGAUGGCGGGCGCGGCGGCUACGUGGGUCACUGCAGAGUACGGCAAGCAGUGGCGCGACUCCAUUGAUGAGAAGAAAGCUGCGCGAAAGGAUGCUGAUAUCGAAGGGUAA